AUGUUGUUUUUACCAUGGCGCGAUGAAAAAACCGAUUUGUUAGAUAUUAACUGUAAACAAGUGUAUGAAACAAACAUUGGUCAAAUAAAAAAGUUGUACCAACAGUUUAAUAAAGUAGAAGAAACCCAAUUAGACGAUAAUGAAAUCCAAAUAGACGGGGAACAAGGCCGUAACAACAAUCAGCUUGUAGACGAUGAAGAUUGGGUACCAGACGAUGUACUAAUAAACGGUAGUGGGGAUUAUGUUGAAAAUACAAACACAUCAGAUGUAGAUUCACCUAAAGAUGGUGGUAAGAUAAUAGUGCACCUCAUAGACAAUGAACAGUUUAAAGACUUAAUCGGAUGUCUAAAUGACGGUAAACGCCAACUCUUAUAUCAUACAACUAAUGUUAUAAGAAGUCAAUUGUGGAGAAAAGGUCAUCCUGCGAUGAAGGUAUUUGUCACUGGACCAGCGGGAGCUGGAAAAUCAAUGCUUAUACGAUCAUUAGCACAAUCUGUAAUUCGGAUAGCAAAUCUUAGACCAGAUAUAGAUGAUCUGUCACUUCCUCCCGUAUUGCUGACAGCACCUUCAGGUAAAGCCGCAUAUGGAAUAAAAGGAUUAACACUUCAUUCCGCGUUCAAACUACCAUUGAAUCAAUUUGCCGGAUUGUUACCAAAGUUAAGUUCAGAUAUUUCAAAUACACUACGUUGUCAGUUUGCAAAUUUAAAACUUUUGAUAAUUGAUGAAAUUUCCAUGGUUGGCAUAAAAACACUGGGAUACAUUGAUCAACGAUUGAGGUCUAUAUUAAGAAUAAAUAAACCAUUUGGUGACAUAAAUGUAAUAGUGUUUGCCGAUUUCUUUCAAUUAGCACCGGUAUUAGCAACACCAUUGUACGAUAGUUUUGAAGAAAUAUUGACUAAAUUUCCAAGUGCUGUAGAAAUGUUAUCGAUUAAAUCUAUUUGGGAAACAUUCAAGUUUUAUGAGUUGGCUGAAAUAAUGCGCCAAAAAGAUGACAAACAAUUUGCAAUAAUGUUAACAAAGUUGGCCAGAGGAUAG